CAUGCUCUUGUGUGUGUGUUAGCGUUCAAAAUGCCACUCUGGUUUACGUGUGUUGGAUUAAAAUUUUAGGUUAUUCGCUUUUACGUUGUUGAUUGGAAGCUUUUCGUCGCCAGUAUAUUGUUCAGAGUGGGGCGAAUUUAGUAUCUUCAAAUAUAGAACUCCACAAGUUGCUAGUUUCUGCGGUCUGUUGUAAUCGAAUGAGUAGCGUCAAUGUCAACAUUUAGUUUCAUGUCAAUGAGUCAAACAUGGAUUGACAUGGGUAUUCGCGAUGUAAACAACGUCUUGGUUAACGUGACUUCUCUAGGCCGCCGUGGGCGCAAGCGCAAGACUGAGGAUGAGGAGAAGGAGAAACCCGCCAAGGAGGCAAAAGGAGAAGAAGGGGUCCCCCCGCUGGAAGGCCUAAGGGUGGUUAUCGAACACUGUAAGAGCUGACGAGUGUAUGGGCGUAAUGCCGAGGGGGUGAAAUCUGCCCUGUUGGCUGUACGCCCUGAACUGACUGUGGUCCUCAACCCUGAGAAGCCCCGCAGGAACAGCUUUGAGAUCACUCUGAUAGAUGGAGGCAAAGAGACAUGUCUCUGGACAGGAAUAAAGAAGGGUCCACCUCGUAAACUCAAGUUUCCAGAACCUGAUGUCGUAGUUUCUGCUCUUCAGGAGGCUGUCGGUACCCAGUAGAUGCAAGAUAAUUGUUCAUGGGCGUGGCUUGUGGAAGCAGAAUGACGAGGAGUGACCAAACUGGAUACAUACAGUCUCUCCUCUGAACCAAGCAACUUCAGCUCACACUUAUGAACACAUGGCGACACCUACUGGAGCAUUUGAGAGCAAAAUUCCGUUUCCAUACGUUGUUGUGUGUUUUUGUGUAUUAGAAAUUUGACAUUUGUGCUAUUUUUAUACUUAUUUUUCUGCAAAGUAAAAUUGUAAAAAUUUU